CCGUGCCAGUUCCACGUGCCUACGGUGGGUGGAAAGGGUCAAGAUAGCCGGCCCAUGUAGGCUUCCUUCUACCCGGUCAAGGCAAGCCUUCGGAGCGCGGACCCUUUAAGUGUCACGUGAUUUCCCUCGCCCUUGGUUCCCCGCCUCUUUCCCCUCCCCAGGCCCGGGCGAACGCUUGGUGUGGAAGCUUGCCCACCCGGUGGGAUCAGUGGAGCACGGACGCUGCGGCCGGUUGGGCCGGUGCCCUUUCCCGCUCUGGAAAGGAAGAGAAAUGGAAGUGAAAAAGUUGAGCAUUUCCUGGCAGUUUUUGAUAGUUCUGGUUCUGAUCCUGCAAAUUCUGUCUGCGUUGGAUUUUGACCCAUACAGAGUCCUAGGGGUCAGCCGGACAGCCAGUCAGGCUGACAUUAAAAAGGCUUAUAAGAAGCUCGCCCGGGAAUGGCAUCCUGACAAAAACAAAGAUCCUGGAGCAGAGGACAGGUUCAUUCAAAUCAGCAAGGCUUACGAGAUCCUUUCCAAUGAGGAAAAGAGAACGAAUUAUGAUCACUAUGGCGAUGCUGGCGAGAACCAGGGCUACCAGAAGCAGCAGCAACGGGAGUACCGCUUUCGGCAUUUCCACGAGAACUUUUACUUUGAUGAAUCUUUUUUCCACUUCCCUUUCAACUCGGAGCGGCGGGACUCAACGGAUGAGAAGUAUCUGUUGCACUUUGCCCACUAUGUGAAUGAGGUGGUUCCAGACAGCUUCCGGAAGCCCUACCUCAUCAAGAUUACCUCAGACUGGUGCUUUAGCUGCGUCCACAUCGAGCCUGUGUGGAAGGAAACAGUCCAGGAGCUGGAAGGACUGGGGGUGGGAAUUGGUGUCGUCCAUGCUGGGUAUGAAAGACGCCUGGCCCAUCACUUGGGAGCACACAGCACCCCAUCCAUCCUGGGAAUCAUAAACGGGAAAGUCUCCUUCUUCCACAACGCAGUUGUCCGGGAGAAUCUCCGGCAGUUCGUCGAAAGUCUUCUGCCAGGGAACUUGGUGGAGAAGGUUACAAAUAAGAAUUAUGUCCGGUUCCUCUCUGGCUGGCAGCAAGAAAAUAAACCUCAUGUCCUUCUAUUUGACCAGGGGACUUCUGUACCACUGUUAUACAAGCUGACGGCAUUUGCCUACAAAGAUUAUUUAUCAUUUGGAUAUGUAUAUGUCGGCUUGAGAGGGGCAGAAGAGAUGACCAGGCAGUACAACGUCAAUGUCUACGUCCCUACAAUCCUCAUCUUUAAAGAGCACAUAACCAAGCCAGCUGAUGUGAUCCAGGCUCGAGGGCUGAAGAAACAGGUCAUUGAGGACUUCAUCACCCAGAACAAGUAUCUGCUGGCAGCCCGGCUCACCAGCCAGAAGUUGUUCCACGAGCUCUGCCCCGUGAAGCGCUCUCAUCGACAAAGGAAGUAUUGUGUGGUUUUACUGACUGCCGAAGCUAGCAAGUUGAGCAAGCCUUUUGAGGCCUUCCUGUCCUUUGCCCUGGCAAACACACAAGACACGGUGAGGUUCGUGCAUGUCUACAGCAACCGACAGCAGGAGUUUGCCAGCACAUUACUACCAGACAGCGAGGCGUUUCAAGGGCAAUCAGCGGUGUCUAUCUUGGAAAGGCGCAACACAGCAGGAAAGGCAGUGUUUAAAACCCUGGAAGAUCCCUGGACUGGCAGUGAGAAUGAUAAAUUUACCCUUUUGGGUUAUCUGGACCAGCUGCGGAAAGAUCCAGCUUUCCUGUCCUCCGAAGCUGUGCUUCCCGAGCUGACUGAUGAACUUGCCCCUGUGUUUCUCCUCCGGUGGUUCUACUCCGCUUCUGACUACCUCGCAGACUUCCGGGAGAGCAUGUUCCACAGCAACUGGCGGGAGAUGAUGCCCCUGCUGUCCCUCAUCUUCUCGGCCCUCUUCAUCCUCUUUGGUACUGUCAUUGUCCAGGCUUUCAGUGACUCAAAUGAUGAGCGAGAGUCCCACCCUCCAGAGAAAGAAGAAGUUCCCGAGAAGCCUGGGAAGACUGAGCCGAGCUUCCCCAAGGAAAACAGCAGCAAGGUUCCAAAAAAAGGCUUUGUGGAGGUAACUGAGCUCACAGAUGUGACAUAUACCAGCAACUUGGUGCGCCUGAGGCCAGGCCACAUGAAUGUGGUCCUCAUCCUGUCCAACUCCACCAAAACCAGCCUGCUGCAAAAGUUCGCUGUGGAGGUGUACACGUUCACUGGGAGCAGCUGCCUCCACUUUUCUUUCCUGAGCCUGGACAAACACAGAGAGUGGCUGGAGUACUUACUGGAGUUUGCACAAGACGCAGCCCCGAUCCCAAAUCAGUAUGACAAACAUUUCAUGGAACGGGACUACACGGGUUAUGUCCUGGCCCUGAAUGGCCACAAGAAGUACUUCUGCCUCUUCAAGCCCCAAAAAAUAGUGGAGGAGGAGGAGGCCAUGGGCGACCUUGACUCCUCUCUCCACUUGGGCGAGUCCCGGGGAAAGUCUCCCUGUGGCCUUGGACCCAAGCCCCUCAAAGGCAAGUUGAGCAAACUGUCCUUGUGGAUGGAGCGCCUGUUGGAAGGAUCUUUGCAGAGGUUUUACAUCCCGUCCUGGCCAGAGCUGGACUGAGACAAUUCCAAAGAGAUGUGACUCUUAAGAUUUUUAACAUGCCCCCACAAGCAGGGAUUUUCAGGACUCCACCCAUCUUGAGGGAAGAGUAUAGAUUUUAGAUUUCUCUUCUAGAGCAGUGGCUAGAAGACCUCUCUCUCCUUUGUCCUGUUCUCUUCUAGGAGCAAGACACACAGACUGAGUUUCCUAGAUGAAAAUCUUUGGUUUUUCCAUCAUCCUUUGAGGGCCGCACUAUUUAGACUGUUCUUCCUUCUCCCUUGUCUUCCCGGCACAUGCCCACACCACCCUCCCUUGUCCUGUCCCUUGUGUUGGAGAAACCCAGGCCCUGACCCUGAGCCAAACCGCAUGGGCUUGUGGUGCCAGGUGGGUCACUCACCCCUGCCCUGCCCCUGCUGUGCUUCAGCCAAGGCGCAUGCUCACACGGGACAAGCCACUGCAGCUUCUAGGGCUAGUGUCUUCCAAAGAGGCCUGACCUGACUCCAAGCAAUCUGACCCUUGAUGGUGGCUCUGGGAAUAAGUGACAAGAAGUAUAUUUUGGGGGUAUCUCCCACAAAAGUUGGCCAGCUAUGGUUUUGAAAGAGAAAGGAUGAGCUGGGGAUUCAGCAUAUUCAUUUGUUUUUCUUCCCAAGGGAAGGGAGAACUGGGUAGCAGCUGGAAUGAUGCAGUCCUGUGAGCCUCCCCUAUUCUCGUCCCCCACCACCACACACACGAGUCCCUCAUAGCCGGGGAGGAGCUGCCCGGCAUGGAACACUGUAGUGACUUUGAGCCAUUGACCUGUUUGCCGAUGCCUUUCUGCCUCUGUCGGUCUUAGGGAAUGGAUAUUAGGAGCCAUAACUUGUAGCCCUGUUCUCUGAUUGUAGCAAAGCUGCUAUAAAGCCAGUAGAUGUUAACUGAAGACAGACCCCUGCCUGCCAGGAGCCAGCUGCUUCACUCCCAAAGUGGCCCUCGGGAAUGAUGCCAGGCACAUCUCUUUAUCAAGGAACUUAACUUCUCUGACAGUUGCAUUUGGGUCCUUGCUGUCCCCAAAGCACUCUCAAGUCGUCUCUUGUGGCAGUGAGCGGAGGCUUGUUCCAGACUGCAGUCCUACAGACAGCUCACUUUCCCCCAGCCUUCGUCUCGGCAUCUCGGCUUAAGUGGUUCACUCUUUCUUCCCACUGCUUCCCGGUGUUGGGUGAGAGCCAGGCCCGCCCUCGGCUCCUGCUUGCUGCACUCCAAACCACCAGGCUCUGGCCUGGAUCAUGCCAGCCCAGUUGAGGGCUGACCUUCUGCUUUUAGGGCCUGACCACCAGGGGAGUUUGGAUGUCCUCUAAGCGUGGUCUGUUCAACUGUCAGAGCAAGUGCCCUUUUAUAAAGUGAAGGGCAAAAAUCAGGGACAGGACAUUCACUAAGUUAGUGUUUCCUUAAUCAUAAUUGCUUUAAACUAAGCAACUUGGAUCCUGAAUAACUUAAACCUUGAGCUACAGUGGUAAGUGAUAAGUUAUUUGAGCCCAGGAAUCUCUGUAGUUUUCAUAGAGUCGAUAGCUUUAUUAAAAAAUAAAGAAAUCACUGCCAGGCUU